CUUUGUUAUUUACCAGAAUUAAAUCAACUUGUUUGUGGUACUGAACAAUCAAUAAUUGGUAUUUAUGAUAUACGUCAAUUAAAUAAUGUACCAAUUCAUGCAUGGAAAGAACAACGAGGAAAAAUAACAUCUAUUGUUCCUCAUAAAGAUAAUGGAGGUAUAUUAGCAACAACAAGCGAUGGUAGUUGUUUUGCAUAUAAUAAAGAAGAAUUAUCAACAAUGUCAGAUAUAUCACAAUAUCAUGUUACUGAUUAUACAGGUGCUGACGAUGCUAUUAUGAAUGGCAAAAUCUUUAACAAUAGAAUCUAUUCAAUUUGUCGUGAUGGAUUUUUACGUAUUUACGAAGAUCAAAAUUGA